CACACUGCCCCAGAAAAGUGUCGGAGAGUGUGGCACAGCCUUGGUACCUUCUGCUAGUCAGUCACUCACCCUGAUGUGCCUGCUGACAUCCUUCCAUGGGCCGCCCUGCGUAGCCGUUGGAGACCCGAUGUUCGUGGGCCACCAGCUGCUGCAUCUUUCAAUUGCGACAGUCUUCGUUCAACGAGAUCCUGGCUCCGAAAACGAGCGGCGUGUGCAUGAUGAUCUUCGCAGGCACACCCCUGCCUACGUCAUCGCUCAGCUGCCUCAUGCCCUUUCCUUCUGUGGAUGCUUCACCGCUACGUCGACCACUCUGACGUCACAGCAGCACUAUAUAAGGCCUGACAAAACGUCACCCGCUUCCAGUGGGCUUGGCAGCAUGUCAGCAACGCCUCACGCUCACGCGAUCCGCUUGCCUUUCAUGCAGGUAUCAUGUUCAUAUUCUCUCUUCACCCGCCGUACCCGAUACAUGGCAUUAGUCGUGCUGCCAAGCCCACGGUGUUGCAUUGCCAUGAUUUGUGAGUGUACUCAUGUUAUUCUUAAUCUCUUGCUUCUAGCAGGCGAUAUUGAGGAAAACCCCGGUCCCACUCAAUCCGCUUCAUCACAGCCAUCUGAUGACAUAAUGUCAGUGCUGAACGCAAUUCAGAGCGGACAAGCAACACUCUUAGAUGAAAUGAAAUCAAUCCACUUAAAAUUAUCAGAAAAUGACAAAGCUCUCGACGAUAUAAAGAAAAGACUAGGGGAAAUAGAGGGCGUUUGUUCUUCGAUCGCCUUAGUCAAAGAACAAAUCCAUGAAGUUCAAGGCAUGGCAGAGCAGAGCACCAAGAUGUUUGCAAGUCUGGCUACCAGACUAGACGACUCCGAAGAUAGGGCUAGACGCUCAAAUCUAGUGUUUUUUGGGCUAAAAGACAAUGAACAUGAAACAUGGGAGCAAUCGGAGAAGUUAAUAAUCGAUUUCUGCAGCGCGAGCCUUGAAAGUUCUCUGCAACCAAGAGACAUAGAGGGCGCUCACAGAAUUGGCCGCUUUCGACCAAAUAACAAUCGACCCAUUAUUGUCCGAUUUUCCCACUUCAAAGAUAAGGAGGGCGUAUUAUCAAGAAGCGCGCGACUCAAGGGCACCAACUACAAGAUUACAGCAGAUUUCUCGCCAGCUACUCGCCUUGCCCGCAAAAAGCUAGUCGAAUUUGGUAGAACUCAACGCAAGCCUUUCAAGCUCCGUUAUGAUAAACUUAUACUCGACAACACUACUUACCUUUUUGAUUCUACUGAGCAGAAGGUCAUUCGACAGCCACGGUAGCAAUCACAUGACUCUUCUCAGCGAGAAUUUCCACGCACAGCUCUGUCUUUCGUAUAUACGAACAUAAGAAGUAUCCUGCCCAAACGCGACUCACUUUCACACAUAACAGAUACCACUGACUGCAAUUUUAUAGUUCUAACCGAAACUUGGCUAAAUUCAUCCAUUUCCGACACCGAACUACAGUGCUGUUUCCCUAAUUUUGUAAUUUUUCGGCGCGACCGAGAAAAUAAACGUGGUGGUGGUGUCAUGAUGGCCACCAAUAACAGUGUUCAGUGCUCCAUAGUUGAUGUAUCCUCUCCCUUAGAAAUCUUUUUUGUGCAUUGCCAAGUGUCUAAUCCACCUGUUGUAAUCGGAGUGUGUUACAGCCCACCUGAAGCCGACACGUCUUUCACAAAACAUUUCCAUGAUGCCAUUUAUUCCGUCACAACUGCAUUUCCAAACGCCCCACUUAUUUUAUUUGGUGACUUCAAUUUCCCCAGAAUAACAUGGUCAAAUGUAGCAAUAACUGCAUCAAAACACAAUGCUGAAAGUGACUUCUUAAACUCUUGUUUAACAUUCGGCUUAUCACAACUUAUCUCUAAACCUACUCGACAAACAGAACACUCCUCCAACAUUCUAGACCUAUUGCUUACGUCUCACCCUGAUAAUUUUAGUACAGUGUCAUAUUUAUCUGCCAUUAGCGAUCACUCUGUUCUUCAGACAACCUUUCAGUGCUACUUACCUAAUCCCAAGAAAAUUAAGAGAACAAUCACAUUAUACGAUAAGGGCAACUACAGAGCUAUAAACGAUGAACUAACAGCUUUCUCUGAAUCCUUUCUAAGCGAUAUUUUUAUGAGCACUGUCGAAACAAACUGGCACCUAUUUGAAACCAAACUACAGCACCUGAUAAAAGUUCACGUUCCAACCGUCACCUUAACCAUAAGGUCAACAUCCCCAUAGUUCAACGCCUCACUAAAACAUCUUAAAAAUAAAAAGAAGCGCCAGUUUCACUCCGCUAAGCAUUCAGACACCCAGUACGCGUGGGACAAAUACAAGGCAACUGAAAAGCUUUUCGA